AUGUCGUAUCUGCCUCUCCAGCAGCAGCAGCCGCCGCCGCCGCCGCCUCCGCCACCGGUGGCGGCAACGCACCAGGCCUACGUACCCCACGGCGGCGGCGGCGGCGGAGGAGGAUCCAUCGGGCCCGUCAUCGCGGCGUUAGCGCUGGUCGCCGUGCUGGGCGUCAUCGCGGGGAUUGUGGGGAGGCUGUGCGCCGGCAGGAGCAUCUUCGGCCGCGGCCACUACGACUUGGAGGGUUGGAUGAAUGCCAACUGCUCCUCCUGCAUCGACGGCACCAUCGACUCCUCUCCACAGCCGAAGCCGGCCCCCUUACCCGACGGCGCCGCCUCACAAUCGCCGCCACAGAACGGGAGCCGCUCCGCCGAGGCCACCCAGCCGUGA